GCCGCCCACAGGCCGUGCUCCCUUCCGUGUCAGCCGUCUUCCUGGAUCACCUCCUCCACCUGACUGACACCAUGGAGAGGCUGCACUUCCAGGGGGCUGCCGGGGCCAUCGAGGACUACUUGGAGUACAGGAGAAUUGUUGGUGAAGAUGAUGAAGGAAAACUUUUUACCCCAGAAGAAUAUGAGGAAUACAAGAAAACAAUACUUCCAAUGCGAAUGCAAAACCGAUUAUUUGUCAGCUGGAGAUCACCGAACGGAAUUGACUGUAAACUUGUGGGACCCGAGACGCUCUGCUUUUGCACACACAGGUACAAACAACAUAAGACGGAUUUUAAGGAACUUCCCAAGGAGCAUCCCAUUCACUUGCCUUGUAAAGUCAGUAAAUGCCAGUGCAAGUCCUAUCACUAUGUGCCUCUGAAUGGGUCGCAGCCUAUUCGCUGCAGGUGCAAGCACUUUGCUGAGGACCACAGUGUGGCCGGAUCCUAUCGCUGUACAAAAUGCUCGGGUUGUGCAGGAUUCCACAGUUCUUUCACAUGUGGUUGUUCCCAGCCUGCGUUUGCUCAUGACACUGUCGUGGAGACAAAGGAAGAACGUCUAGCUCAGGGAAAACCCGUUGGCCAAGAUGUCCCUUAUGCUGCUAUGGGGGGACUGACGGGCUUUAGCUCACUUGCUGAAGGAUACAUGAGACUAGAUGAAAGUGGGAUAGGGGCUCCUGACCGGAGUUUUUUGGAAGCAUCAGGAGGUUGUGGAUCCCACCCUUUUCUAAGAGCGUAUGAUCCUUCAUCCUCAGCAGUUGCCGGACUUUCCAGUGCGGAUAAGGAAUUGUCUCAUGUGAGGAGAACAGAAGACGACAUGAAUUUUUAUGAAAAGCGAUACCAGGAAAGGUUGCAGAAAGAAAAGGAACAAAGAAGACUGAGUUCCAAACUUCCUAACACCCAGCGGCCUUGAGGGGGGGUCUCCAGCAAA